AUGAACUGCAACGAGCUCCAAGAGGCCAACGCGGCCAGCUGCUAUCUGAUCAAGCAGCCGCGGCCCCUGCAAUGGUUCUACAAGGGGCGUCUGUUUAAAGAAUCUGGCGAGCGGCAGGCUGGUCGCUUCGAGCUGUUCCUCGAUCUUCUCUACGUCGCCAUCGUCGCGAGCUUCAGCGAUGAGCUGGCAGAGCACCCCGACGGGAUCCAUCUGGCCAAGUACCUCCUCAUCUUCACGCCGGCAUGGCACAUCUGGGCGGACCUGCGCGAGAUCAUGAACUCGUACUACACCGACGACCUGCUGCAGCGCCUCGUCAUCCUCUGGGUCAUGGCCCUGCUGGUGCUCUACGCCAACAACGCCUACCUGGCCGACCACGACAUCGUCGCCAUGCGCACGACCGCCGCCGCCUACAUCCUCGCCCGCUUCACCACCCUCUCCGUCUUCCUCGUCACCUCCUUCGCCGCAUACCAGCACCGCGUCCAGGCCCGCAUCAUGGCCGCCUGCAUGUUCGUCGGCCUCCUCAUCAUGAUCCCCCUCUUCUUCGAGUCCGUCAGCAUCCAGGCCAAGGUCGCCGUCGUCGCCGUCGCCAUCUUCUACCAGGAGCUCACGUGGGGGCUCACCCUCUCCCCCUGGAUCAAGCGCAAGCUCAACCUCUCCUACAGCACCGCCGUCGACAUCGCUCACGAGGUCGACCGCAUGGCCGCCUUCUUCAUCAUCAUCCUCGGCGAGUUCGUCUACAGCAUCAUCGUCGGCCACAAGACGGGCGUCGGGCUCACCGCCGGCUACGCCAAGGCCGUCUGCACCCUCGUCGUCGCCUUCAGCCUCAACUGGCUCUACGCCAGCGGCGACGGCAGCAUCCAGGCCACCCACCCCAUCCGCCGCUCCGCCUGGACCGCCUUCGGCUUCUUCCUGCUGCACCUGCCCCUGUCGGCGUCCUUCCUCAUCGGGGGCCACAUCGCCGCCGUCAGCGCGGGCGAGGAGCACCUCGAGGAGGGCCAGCGCUGGCUGCUCGGCGGCGGGCUCGGGGUAGGCAUGUUCUGCCUGUGGGUUUACGGGAUGCUGUACCGCGUCGACGAGGAGGAGAGGCUGGUCCUGCCCAAGUGGCUGCGCAUCAUAAUGCGGCUCGUGGCGGCUAUCGUGUUGAUCGUGCUGCCCCAGACGCACGACCACCUGGAUGCCGAGGGGCUCAUGUUCGUCGUCAUGGGCAUCUUCGCGUUCGUGCUGGUCUGGGAGACGAUUGGCGGGCUGGCGCAGUCGUCUGCUGUGUUUGAGCCGUGGACGAAGCGCCACCCGCCUGCGGAGGAGGUGGACGAGGAGGACUUGGGGCCUGCUUCUGACGCUGCUUGCUGA